AUGUCUACAGAGAACCAAGAGAUUAAGGAGCAAAUUGACGCUACCAACCAAGAGAUUGUUAACAACGCUCAGGAGGCCGCAGAGCCUGCCACAGAAGCCGUUGCUGAAUCCAGCACCCAGGCCGAAGCAACCGGUGAGGUGACCUCUGAGCACGCCAAGUCUUUGAAGGAAAAGACUGAGGAGUUUUUGGACCACUCCAAGAAGGAAGUUGAACACGCCUUUGAGACCGCCAAGGAGAAGGCUGAUGAGCUAGUCAAGGGAGCCAAGGCCAAGAAGACCGAGGCUGCUGAGAGCAACGCUGAAACUUCUGAGGCUGCCACCGAGUCUGCUGACAAGGUAGAGGAGAAGGGUAUCAAGAAAUACUUUACCAAGUUCAAGAACGUGAUCAAGAAGGUUGCUAACUGA